AUGGAGCGUAGCCUCCAAUGGAGCAGGCCGGCGUCGCUGCUCCUCUUCGCCGCGGCAUUCCUGGCUGCGGCGGCCGUGGCGAGCGCGGGGUACAACCCCGACCCCUUGAGCGUCGUCAAUCACUUCAACCGCGCCGUCCAGAGGCAUGCGUCGAGUAGCCCACGUCGAACGCUGUCAGAGAAGAAGAAGAAGAGCAAGUACUCGGGGCCGUGCUUGGCGACGAACCCGAUCGACCGGUGCUGGCGCUGCCGCAAGGACUGGGCGACGGACCGGCAGCGGCUGGCCCGCUGCGCCAAGGGCUUCGGCCGCGAGACCACUGGCGGGCUCGGGGGCAAGAUCUACAUCGUCACCGACCCGAGCGACGAUUACAAGAACCCGGUGCCCGGCACACUCCGGUGGGGCGUCGUCCAGAUUGAGCCGCUGUGGAUCAUCUUCGCGAGGGACAUGAUCAUCACCACCACCCAGGAGAUCGUGAUCCAGAGCAACAAGACCAUCGACGGGCGCGGGGCUCAGGUGCACCUCGCCGAUGGCGGCAGCCUCACCAUCCAGAACCAGCGCAAUAUCAUCAUCCACAACCUCCACAUCCACGACAUUAAGAAAACGGAGGGCGGCGAUGUGGCGGUGUCACCGAACCACUUCACCCCCCGCACCAAGGCUGACGGCGACGGCGUCUCCCUCUUCAACGCCACCGACGUGUGGAUCGACCACCUCUCCAUGUCCCUGUGCGAGGACGGGAUGGUCGACGUCGUGGCGGCGUCCACCGCCGUCACCAUCUCCAACUGCCACCUCACAAACCACAACGACGUCAUGCUCUUCGGCGCCAACGACAACACGCCCGAGGACAAGGUCAUCCAGGUCAGCGUCGCCUUCAACCACUUUGGGAGAGGCCUCGUCCAGAGGAUGCCCCGAUGCCGCUACGGCUUCUUCCACGUCGUCAACAACGACUACACGCACUGGCUCAUGUACGCCAUUGGAGGCAGUAGCAACCCUACCAUCAUCAGCCAGGGAAACCGAUACAUCGCGCCGCCAAACAUGGCUGCAAAACAGAUCACCAAGCGCGACUACGCCGAGGAAUCCGUGUGGAAGAACUGGGUUUGGCACACAGAGGCCGACCUCAUGAUGAACAACGCCUUCUUCACUCCAUCCGGCGGCAAUAUCCAGCAGCAGCUAAACAAGAAGGACCUCAUCAAGCCCAAGCCAGGGGAAUAUGUCACGAGGCUCACCCGCUUCGCCGGCACGCUAGCCUGCAAGCCAGGCAUUGCCUGCUGA